GUCGAGAGUUAAGGGUCUUGAGACUGACAGCAGCUGAGACUGGCAAAGAGGUUCAAGAACUGAAGGAAGAUGUUAAAUCGAACCCUGCGGAGCUCCAUCGCCGCCGUCCGCCACUUCACGGCGGAGGCGCAUGUGGAGACGAAGGCGGCGACCGCCAGUGUGGAGAAAAGCUCGAGCGGUGGCCGAGACACGCUGGGAAGGAGACUUAUGAGCCUGGUGUUUCCAAAACGCAGCGCUGUGAUUGCCAUACGGAAAUGGAAAGAGGAAGGGCACAAGGUGCGCAAGUAUGAGCUCAAUCGCAUCGUUCGUGAGCUUCGCAAGCUCAAGCGAUACAAACACGCACUCGAGAUAUGUGAAUGGAUGACUUUACAACAAGAUAUGAAGCUACUACCAGGUGAUUAUGCCGUUCACUUAGACUUGAUUGCAAAAGUUCGUGGCUUAAAUAGUGCAGAAAAGUUUUUUGAGGAUCUUCCUGAUCAGAUGACAGGCCACCCCACCUGUACAGCUCUUCUGCAUACGUAUGUGCAGAAUAAAUUGUCUGAUAAAGCAGAAGCUCUGAUGGCAAAGAUGUCACAGUGUGGUUACAUGAAGCAUCCCCUUGCUUAUAACCACAUGUUGUCCUUGUACGUUUCCAAUGGGCAAUUUGACAAGGUUCCAGAAGUAAUUCAGGAGUUGAAGAGUAAUACUUCGCCAGAUGUUGUUACUUACAAUCUGUGGUUAACUGUUUGUGCUUCGCAAAGUGAUGUUGAAACUGCAGAAAAAGUUUUCCUUGAGUUAAAGAAGGCAAAGCUAAAUCCUGACUGGGUUACCUUUAGUACGUUAACCAACUUGUACAUAAAAAGUUUGCUGACCGAAAAAGCAGCAGUUACCUUGAAGGAGAUGGAGAAAAUAGCAUCUCGGAAAAAUCGAGCUGCAUAUUCAUCCCUGCUCAGCCUGCAUACAAACAUCGGCGAUGAGGAUGGCGUUUGGCGAAUCUGGAAGAAAAUGAAAUCAUGUUUCCGCAAAAUGAAUGAUGCUGAGUACACAUGUAUGCUAUCUUCGCUUGUGAAACUCAAGGAGUUUGAAGAAGCUGAGAAACUCUAUACUGAGUGGGAGUCUGUUUCUGAGACUCAUGAUGCCAGGGUUUCAAAUAUACUUCUUGCAGCGUAUAUCAACAAAGACCAAAUGGAAAUGGCUGAAACAUUUCAUAAUCGCAUGGUGCAAAAUGGCAUAACGCCUUGUUACAGUACUUGGGAGCUUCUUACAUGGGGUUUUUUGAAACAAAAACAUACGGAAAAAGUGCUAGAUAAUUUUAAGAAAGCUGUUGGUAGUGUGAAAAGAUGGGAUCCUGACAAAAGAUUGAUUGGAGAAGUAUUUAACAGGCUCAAGGAGGAAGGCAAUAUAAAAGGGGCAGAAGAACUAUUGUUGUUUCUUCGGAAUGCUGGUCAUGUGAGCACUGAGAUAUAUAAUUCAGUUCUAAGAACUUAUGCAGAAGCUGGUAAAAUGCCACUUAUAGUUGCAGAAAGGAUGGAGAAGGACAAUGUUCAGUUGGAUGAAGAGACUCGCAGACUUAUAAAACUGACUAGCACAAUGUGCGUGAGCGAAGUUCCUAACAUACGCUCUUGAAUGCAAGUGCGAUGUGAAAUUUACUUCCAGAAAAUUAGUAGAAUUGGUUGUUUUUCAGCUAACUUUUUGUAGCCAUAAUGGUUUACUAUAUGAUGCUUCAAAUUAUAGAUUGCAUUUGUUUUCUCGAUCUUUGAAUUUGCUUGUUUAUGUUGGCUGGAUAACAAGAAGGUGGGAUUUGAAUGUGAUCAAGAAAGAAUGCUGUUCAUUGUUCUGAAACCAAAUCUAUAUAUAAGUUGCUUCUUUUCUUUUC